AUGAAUCGCACUCUGUGCAAAGCACUGAGCCCGAGCUGGGCCUUGACGAGGAACCCGGUGUCUACCGCCAGCCAGGCCAAGCUCUCGCAGCUCCGCUCGCAGAACACCACCCCGCGCGAAACAAGGGCGCUGGUCGAGGAGAUCGCGUCGAUCUUGGGCGUCGAGGCAUUCGCAAAAGGGCUAACGGUAGCAAAGACGGGAACCGACCGCACCCCGCUCGGCGUCGAGUACGAAACUUCCACCAUCGACCCGGCAGACCUGGCCCUGGUGCCCAUUCUGCGCUCAGGACUGGGCAUGGUAGACGCAAUCAAUGCCCUCCUCCCAAUUGCAGUUCCUAUCUACCACCUCGGCCUCUUCCGCGAACCAGUCGGCCUCCAACCCGUAGAAUACUACAACAACCUCCCCUUCCACAAAAGCGCUCUCUCCCCCGCCUCGCCCGCCUCCACAGACCCAACAGCCAACACCGCCGCAGCCCCGCUCGCCAUCCUGCUCGACCCGAUCAUCGCGACCGGCGCCACCGCCGACGCAGCCAUCCAGACGCUGCGGGACUGGGGCGUGCAGCGGGUGAUCAUGUUGAGCGUGCUUGCGUCGGCCGAGGGGGUGGCUCGCGUGGCGGGGAGUUGGGAGGGGGUGCAGAUUUGGGUGGGAGCGGUGGAUGAGAGUGUGAAUGAGAAGGGGAUGAUUGUGCCGGGAGUGGGGGAUAUUGGGGAUCGCUUGUUUGUUGCGAUUGGGAAGUAG